UUCCCCACUCACCUCGUUCCAGGCUUCCAGCACACUCCCUAAAAAACUGCGGCGGCCCUGCUAUCUCCGACGAAAACCCUAACCACGCUCGCAGCGCACCGCCCACUACCCCGUCCCCUGAGCGGCGGCCGAUUGGCUGCUUUCCAUGGCCUCGACGGCGGCGCCGGUCGCCGAACACCGGACUCAGUUGUUGCUCACAGACCUCGGCGACGAGCUCCUGGAGGAGGUUUUCCUCCGCCUGCCCACCCCGGCGGAGCUCGCGCGCGCCUGCACCGCCCGCGCCUCCUUCCGCCGCAUCAUCACCGAGCGCUCCUUCCUUCGCAGCUACCGCAAACGCCACCCGCCGCCGCUCCUGGGGUUCGUGGGUGAGGAAGGCGGCUUCCACCCCGCCCAGGCGCCCCACCCCUCCGCCCCGCUCGCCCGUGCCCUCGCCGACGCUGCCGAUUUCACCUACUCCUUCGUCCCCCAACACGGCGAGGGGCACGUGUGGGUCCCGUGCGAUGCCCGGGAUGGCCGUGUCCUUCUCGAAGACGGACAAAUUUGGGAGGCCUUCAGACACCUUGCCGUCUGCGAUCCAUUGUUUCGUGGCUACGCGCUGCUUCCACCCGUUCCCGGGAACCUGGCACUCCAGGAGAAAGGCCGCCCUGUAACCAAUUCACUCAUGCCCAUUGCCGAGGAUGAGGAUGAGACAUUGUUCAAGGUGAUAUGCUUGGCUAACUACGAAACCAAGCUGGUUGCAUUUCUAUUCUCUUCUGUCACAGGAGAAUGGUGCAUAGCCGCAACUGUCAGCUGGAGCUCUUUGGGCAGCCAGCCACAGAUAUGGCGAAACUUCAGAGGUUGCGAUUACCGUGGCGUGUCCUGUUUUGACUGUGCGCGCGGCUCCUACUACUCAACAUCGACUUUUAACGACAAGCUGCUUGUGUUGGACACAAGGAAAAUGGAGUUUUGCACUGUCGAUGAUCGUACUGGCUACCAUAUGAACCUCAGAUGUCUGCCUGGCCAGCACGAGGACGUUGUCGACAUCUAUGUGCCAUCCCGAUUCCGGCCUGGCCAGAGUAGAAGUCUGCCUCGCAUUGUUGUGGGUAGAGAAGGAGCCCUUGAGAUGUUUUCUCUCGUUGGUGAUCACACUCCAAAUGGCUCUUUUGAUCUCUAUCAUACCACUCAGCAAAAUAAUGGCCAGUCUUCCAAGGAAUGGCAGCUGGAGAAUAUUAUACCGUUGCCCGGCAAGUAUGACUAUUUCACUGUGGGUGCAGCUGAGGGAUUCUUAUUCCUUGGAGCCACUACAGAAGAUCAGCUGGACUUUGUUGAAAGCGUCCCUAUGAGCUUGUUGACGACUGAGUGGAAUGUAGAUUAUUUUGCAUUGGAUGUCAAGACUUCUGAACUUACUAAGGUUUGUAGGAGCAGGAGGCAAUUCUUCCAUAAAGAAGAUGUUCACUGCUACUUUGGCUUCCCCCUGUCGUUGUCAAAACCGAGUAUAUGAUGAAGUGGGAUCAACUCGCUUUGUUUCAGGGGUUCUUGUACUUGGGCCAUGUAUCUGAUGCCUUUGAUGAAAUGGAGGAUGGACAUGAUGGUGCUGAGAAAUAUGCUCACUAGAUAUAGCACUCAAGCCUUGGUAUUAUUCAUUAAGAAUUAGCCAUCAUGUACUUUCUAUGGUUGUAUUAGGCUUUUUUAAGCAAAGACAUGUUGUAAACAAGCUGAAUUUGUUGAACUCUAUCUCCAAUGAGAGUUGUACUGUACUUUUGUGUUGGAAGCAUGACAUUGUCUGUUUAUCCU